AUGGUUUCUUCCACCUCUCUUUCCAAGCACAUAUACGUAUACAAAACUAUGUGUUAGUAAUAUUGGUUGGUUUAGUGUAUCGAUAUACACAUAUCUAUAUACAUAUGUAUACAUAUACAUAUACACGUAAAGAGGAUAAAGGGUGAGAGAGAGAGAAAGAGAGAGGGAGAAGGAGAAGGAGAAGGAGAGAAAGAGAGAGAGGGAAAGAGAGAGAGAGAGAGAGAGCAUGAUAAAAGGGCGCAUGUCUGACCGAAGAGAACGAGAGUGGGAGCGAGAUAGGCGGUAGGAGUGGGAGAGAGAGGCAUAGUGUCGUUAUUUCUCUUUCUCUCUCUUUCUCUCCCCCCUCCUCUCUCUUACUCUCUUUAGCCAACCCCUAACGGCAGAGCAAGCUCCGAAGCAACCGGCAUUGCUGAGCCCUGGUCACUAGUCCGAGCAGUCUACCCUGUCACGGCACGUUGCUCCUGUGUUCUCUCAUCCCCACUAGGACUAAUUCACGGGAACGUAUCCGUCGGAACAAGGACAAACAAACUUUAAAUAUCAUCACCCUAAUAUAAUCCAAGCUUACCGCAGGUUGCGGGGUGGUUAGAGAAGAGUAUAGGAUACUAGUACUAGUACUAAUAGUAGUAAUUGUAGUAGUAACAGUAGUCGUAAUAGUAGUAGUACGAAUACGAACAAAACUGGAUGUAUGAAUAUUUCUAAUUGGAUUUCGAUACGGAAUCGAAGGAAGGAAGGAUGUGAAGGAAGUGAUGAAAGGAAGAAAGUGAAGGAAGAAAUAAAGAAAAGAAAAAGAAAAAGGAGGAAGCAAGGAAGAAAGUGAAAGAAGAGAAGAAGAAGAAAAAGAAGAAGAAAAAGAAGAAGAAGAAGAAGAAGAAGAAGAAGAAGAAGAAGAAAAAUAAUAAUAUAAAGCAGGAAGACAUUUAUCAAGGACGGACAAACUUUACGAUAAUUUAUUUCACAUUUGUCGUCGACGGACAUUGCGGUUUAUUUCUAUUUCCUUCUUCUUUUUUUUUCCUUUCGUUCUCUUUCUCUCUCUUUUUUUUCCCCCCAAUGAAAAUUCGUAAUACGGUUUAAUGAGAUAAAUUCGUUUAAUGUUCUAUGUUUGUCGACACGCGAUUGGGCCACAGUCAUCGUCGUCAUCGUCGUUCUAUUAAGACAUUCCGUCGGGCAUGAGACGAGAACGUCCUGGUUGUCGUCGUCGUCGUCGCCGUCGUCGUCGUCGUGAGUCAGUGAGUGAGUGAGUGAGUGAGUGAGUGAGUGAGUAAAUAAGUAAGCAAGUAAGUAAGUAAGUAAGUAAGUAAGUAACUGAGUGACUGACCGAAUAACGUCGUCCACGUUCUCGUCGUCGUCGUCGUGUUCGUUGUCAUCUUGUGUUCAUGAAGAAAAAGUAAGAAAAAGUUAGAAGGAAAGGAAGGUUAAAGAGUCGUCGCAUCGAUUAUGUCAGUCGGUCGUGAAGGGACUGUCUCGUCGUGAAAGAAGAAUCGUCUGGUGUCUCUUCCAAACGAUCUAUUCCUCUCACUUUAUCACUCUGCAUCCCUUUCUCGUCGUGGUUUGAAUCGCAAAGAGCAAGAAGAAAAUAAAAAAAAAAAAAAAAGAAUAAUAAAAAUGAUAAUAAAUAAAGAACCGAUGGAAUAGGACCAACGAGCGCAUCGACGUUGUUGAGAAGCAUGAUCCACACGUGUACCACAAAACCGUGACCGAAGCGCGUGGGUGAUAACAGAUAAACCGACGUUCGUAUCCGAUAAUAUACACACACUCAUAUUUCGCUAGAGUUUGGUUUGUUCGGUGAUCAACGUGUGCUGAUAGCGGUUAUCUCGGCGUUAAAAAAAAAGCGAGAGAGAGAGAGAGAGAGAGAGAGAGAAAAGGGAAAAAGUCUGCGAGUUUUCGAUUUCAAACCAACGGAAAAAAAAGGAAGCAAAUAAAUCGUCAAUCAUUUCGUUCGACGAUCGUUCAAACAAUAACAGAGAUAUUUUUCUUGAUUAAAUAAAAAUACAAGAAAGAAUUGAAAAAUAAAAAUAAGAAUAAUAGUACUAAAAAAUAAUAAUAAAGAGAAGAAAAAGAAGGAGGAGGAGGAGGAGGAGGAGGAGGAGAAGGAAGAGUACAAAAAUUCGUGAUGCAAUCUUGGUUCGAAAUGACUUGAAAUUAGCGAAGAGUGACAACAGGACGAUAUCAGACAGGACGCAUCGUUUUGAUGUGAUAAUCGAUAAAUUUUGCGUUUAGUUUAGUUUCUAUAAAUUAGAGAUAUCGUUAUGAUCGUCAAUCGUCGUAGAAGAUUGAAAAACUUUGCGGUUUUGUUCGCGUUUAAAAGUCCGAUGGACGGAUCCGCGUUAGCGUCCUAGCCGAUCAGCUGUUACCCCGACGAAGAAGAAAAAGAAGAAGAAGGAGAAGAAGAAGAAGAAGAAGAAGAAGAAGAAGAAGAAAAAGAAGAAGAGAAGGAGAAGGAAGAAGAGUAGGAGGAGUAGGAGUAGAAGGAGUAGGAGGAGGGGAGGAGGGGGAGGAAGAGUAGGAGGUGGUGGAGGAGGAAGAGGAAGAGGGGGGAGGAGGAGGAGAAGGGGAGAAGGGGGAAGAGAGGAAGUCGUGGUAUCAGGGAAGAGAGUUAGGAUGGGCUGCAGAUCGGCCGUUAAGUUCACCGCGGAGGAAGGGUGCGAUCGAGGGCAACUCGAGACGACCACCUCGUCGUCGGUGAGGUGCACCGAGGUCAACGACCUCUUCACCGAGGCUAAGCGCCUGCUGCUAAGGCAGCUUGGCAAGAAGCGUGCCGGUGAAGAAGAAGAAGAAGAAGAAGAAAAAGAAAAAGAAAAAGAAGAAGAAAAAGACGUAGAAGAGGAGAAAGUAAGGACGAGGAGAAGACCGAUUGAAAAAGAAGAAGAAGAAGAAGAAGAUAAUACGAGUCAGUGGUUGGACUACAAAAAUUCGAUUAACCUGUACAUCUCGGACGUAGCUCGUCGAAGAACUAACUAUCAGGAGGAAUUAUCCUCUUUAGAAAGAUAGCUGCAAAGUUAUAAUGCAGAGAUUGCGUUCGACCUUCAAGAGGUCGCGCACACCUACGGGCGCGGAAAUGAAGUCGCAGUCGAGUUUGGAAGUACCGAAACAAGUGAGAUCGGCCUCCUUCGACGAGAUCCAAUUGGAGGCACAACGACAGGACGAUGCGACAGGUGGUGGUGGUGGUGGUGGUGGUACCGGUGGUUCUUCUUCUUAUUACGGCGAAGCGUCGAGAUCACCGAGGACUACGUCCUCCUCGUCCUCCUCUUGUUCACCUGCGAGAUCGCAGGAUUCGGUUGGACGUGGUGGAAGAAGAUCGUCUACUUUAAGAGUACCACAGUUUCAAACUGGACAACGUUCCAAGAGUUUCGACGUUUACGAGAGAAACGUCGGUUUACCACCGUCGCAAUCGUCCCUCGGUGCGAUUCGAAGAUUCAUAGAAACACCGACCAUACAGGUCUCCGGUUGUUAUCAUUGUGCAUGCGUCGAGGAAUACAAGAGUCUCUUUCUUAGCAAAGACGACGACGAAACAACUACCACCACUACCACUACCACAGCUUCCUCGUCUAGAGACGACGAGGACGAGGACAACGAAGCAUCCGAAACCGAGGAGGAUCGCGAUGUCAACGAUUUUGACGAUGCCGACGAGAACGAAGAGGAGGAGGAUCCGUCUGACGACGAGCUCGAUUACAAGUUAGAAUCCAAGAGAGACGGUAGUCCAGAGAUAAGAGUCACUUUUACCGCGUUCACCGAGAAAACCUCCGAUGAAUCACCACCUCCGUCUCCUUCGUCCAACGUAAUCAUCGCGGAAACCAACGAUGACUCCGAUAUCGUUACCUCUAAUUUAAUCGGCACGACCAGCGUUACAUCCGAGGUCAAGGUCGAACUAUAUCCCGAGAGACAACGAAGAAGGUCGAUAGCUUAUCCGAAAUUGUCGAGACAAGAGGCACUUACCUCUUACCCUCCCGACUUACCUUCCUCACCCUCGGGAUCGCGCGAAGACGAAGACAAGGACGAUGACGGGGCUGUCGGUGUUACUGGUGUUAACGACAACGAGGAACCCGAUCGUAAUAAAGACGAGAUCGACUCCAAAUCGGGCAAGUGCAAACUCGUCGUCAGAGACAUAUUUCUCACUGUACCCGAACUUAAAAGGGAUAGGGCUGCCUCCGUCGAUUCCUGUUUUAACAAUAACAAGAACGACAAGUCCGAAGAUUCUCAUUCCCUAGACGUUCCGCAACAAAGUAUCAGAUCUAAAAGCGUCGACAUCGUUCUACCAACCGAGGUUCAAACAAGAUACACCGCGUUACUACCUGGAACCAACGAGGCCCGACCUCCAAGAGGAGGAAGGGAAGAAGGUGCCGCGAGUGGUGGUCAACGCGAACUCCGAUCGACCCCCGAUUGGGGUGGUACUGCAUACAAUGGUGAACAUUUUUGGGUACCAACAGCUGCAUCUGGUGACUUUUGUUACGUCAAUGAUUGUUCGAAACAUGGACCACGGAUGAAGUGUUCCGCUUGUCGCGUCGUUGUACACGCAGUGUGCGCUCCUAGCUUGAAUUUUACCUGCAAGACCAGUUUCCGAGACGUUGGAGUACGACAAUAUCGCGAACAAACAACAACGAAUCAUCAUUGGGUACAUAGACGUUCGCAAAAGGGAAAAUGCGCUAAUUGCGGUAAGAGCUUCCAAUCGAAGCUGAGUUUUACAUCGAAGGAGAUAGUCGCGGUUAAUUGUAGCUGGUGUAAGGCUGCUUAUCAUAACAAGGAGGCAUGCUUUAACGUCGACAAAAUCGGUGAGAAUUGCGAACUCGGUACGCACUCGUCUAUAAUAGUACCGCCAUCUUGGAUCGUUAAAUUACCGAGAAAGGGUAGCUUCAAGAGUAGCUUGAGAAAGUCACCGAAAAGAAGGAAAAGCGGAAGUGGCCCGUCGACUUCUAAUACUAGUCGUAGGAAAUCUAGGGACAAGGAAAAGGAAAAGGAACAGAAGGAGGAUCAAGGAAAAUUUUGGGUUGUCAAACCAAUUCCAA